AAUGUCGACCACUCGAACUACAUCUACUAAGCAACCCGGGUAUUUCUUGCCAAUCCCACCUCCUUCCCCAUUCUUCCCCGUCCUUCCAUCGACAAUCCCACGAACUCCCAUCCAUGCUCCGUUCAGCUUCGAUGAUCCCUCCCCUUCAUGGGAGCUCUUCCCCAUCUUGGAUGCUUGGGGUAACGCAAGUCAGCAAGAGUCGCACCCGUUUUUGUACUCUCCAGCCUCUGCCGAAGUCCAGGGAGACAUACAAAACGUCCCACAAACCCCGAAGAAGCGCAAGAGGCGCACCUCGAGUCCAUCGCCACGAUUCGGAUCCUUCACCCAGCUCACCCAGCGCCGUCGUGCCUUCGAGAAAAUGCAGAACCACAUUGACGCCUUCAGACGGCAAAACCCCGUUCCCAGGAACAAGAGGCCGGUAUCUCCCUUCAUGUCCCCUUCACCAUCACCUGAGCGCCCGCAAAAGAGGGCACGAUCAACAGCCUCACGAGCCACAACCUCCCAUCCCAUCAUGCUUUCAUCAGAAACAUCCGUUGGACCCAGCGUGGACGCGUUCCUUCCCUCCGGAACCGUAGAGCCAGCCACCCCCUCCUUCGCUUUCCCUUUGGACGACGAAGGCUACAGCGAGGAAGUUGAGCAAGUCGCCAACAACCACGAGAGAAACUCUGGGAAUGGCGACGACGGCGAGGAAGAGGAGGAAGGAGACGCGGCCAAUCUUGGAUAUGAGAAGGUGUCCUCCGAGUCGGGUCGGUAUCGAUGCAAGACGUGCACUAACCCCCAAGUUUACGCAAGGACAAAGAAGGAAAUAGAGCGUCAUCUCAAAACAGCUGAACCGCAUUGCCCGAAAGUGCGCUGCAGCCAGUCCGUUUUUAGAUGCCCGUGCAAGAAGAAUAAGGAGCUGUGUAAUAGACACGACGCCUUCAAACGCCAUGUCAAGCUCUAUAUCGCGGCUGAAAUGAGGGCAGGUUCCAAUCCAGGACAAGAGGCGCGACUCGACGCCGUGUUGGCAUAUCAGGCUUGGCUGAAGGGGCAAGGGUUGCUUUG